UCCCGUGACUUUGACACGUUUACCUCCGUCAAGUUUCUGCCGGGUGUCCUCUCUUCUCCGGUCAUGGCGCUCCCUCUUGGCUGCCGGCUACAGAGAGCGCUGCGGAAGCUCGGAGAGGCGGAAGCGGAGUACGCCGAAGCCGAGCAUCGCGUCGAGCGAGCCAUGAAGGAGAAGCCGAACGCACCUCGCGCCGCCGCCGCCGCCGACACCGACGAGCAAGAUCGCGACGCGGCCAAGCAAAAGCGCGACGCGGCUCGAGCCUGGAUGGACGCGGCGGUGGAAGAGCUCCGGGGCACCGAAUGCCUCGUCCUCUACAGCAUGGAGCAGGUCCGCGCGUUCCUGGAGAUCCGCGGGCGGCUCGGCGGCUGCGGGCGCCUCCGCCGGGUGAGGAUCGACUGCUGCGAUGAUCGGGCGGCGGUGCAGAUGGGGCACCUUCUCUUAGAUAGUGGUGGAUUCGACUGGAUUUUCGAGCUUCCUCCGGUGACUCGAGCGGAUUGAUGGUACGGUGAAGUUGAGUUGGAUACCGUUGAGAUUCUGGUAACCUGGUUUCUCCGUGUUAAUAGUGCGGGUUUCAAUGUAGAUAGUUGCACCUCGAAAUGUUUACGUACGUAGUUGUUGUGAGCUUUGCUAUGACCUGCUCGACGAAAUGACUCAAUGGAACUGUUGCAUUUGGGAAUGAGGAUGCCCAAUUCCCCAAACUUUUUUCUUGUGAAGCGAUGCUAACGCGAUAGACCAGAAACGCUUAAUUCUGAAGUUCGGGAUGUCCUAUGAGCUACUCUCGAUGUAACUUGUCGUUAAUUUCGUAGGAAGGUAGUCUUGAAUCGUUUGAUCUUUUCCAAACCUUUCCAUGUUUUCUUUUCCCUAUUUUUGCUCCCCACUU